AGUCAGAUGACCAUUGGCUAGGACCAUGGAAACUAAACGGAAGUUUACCCUGGUGAGCGAGGCUAAAAAGACUUGCUACAACUAUUUACAAAUAUUAUUUUAAAACAAUAACUACGAUACAUGGCCGCUUCAAAUUUAACCUCAUAUUAACAUGUAGUCUAAUAUCUCAAAACAUUCGACUGACAAGCGAACGUGCGGACGUAGCUUUUAUUACAUUUAGCUUGAAGUCUAAUUGUGCUUCCGGAUUGUCACCAUGUUCAAAGCGAAAAUACUCCUAAUUGGUCCCAAUGAGAGUGGAAAAACUGUCCUUGCAAAUUUUCUCGCGGACGCAACCGAAAACGUGGGGGGUGAAUACAGACCCACUCAAGCAGUCAGGAUACUCGAAUUUGAAUCACAACUUGACGCCAGCGUUGAUGUGAAAUCAUGCGAGGUUGAGCUCUGGGACUGUUCCGGCGACUUCAAGUUCGAGUCAUGCUGGCCCGCACUCACCAAGGACUGCAGCGGGGUGGUGAUCGUUUUUAAUCCCGACGUACCCACUCACUUGAAAGAAAUCGAGACGUGGCACUCGAUGUUCAUCUCUUCGCAGGGCUUGCUGGACAGCCAGUGUCUGCUCAUCGCGCAUCACAAGCCCGGCAGCGCACUUGAAGAAGGUCGCCUGCCUUUAGCAUCACAGCUGAGCAGACUUACGCUUAUUCACUCCGAAAUGGAGGAAGAGCCCGAGGACCUGAGGCGAGCUUUUUGCAGGUACCUGGGAAAAGUUGUGAAUGCGCUUUCGGAAAGCCGUGAACAGGAGGAGAUGUCCAUCAUAACAUAGCGGCAAACCCUCUUAAAUAAGAGCAGAGUUCCAUACCCCGACGUGAGCAAGCACGCGAUCGGCGUCCCGCUGAAACCGAAGGAAUCGUUUGGAAAAUGACCAAGCGGGCCCAUGUUUGCCUGUUUGUGAACAAAUAUUACGUUGCUGGGUAACAAGUCUGAGCAACUAAAAUCUUAAGUUAUCAACACGAGCACAUGAACUUCUUGGCAGGAACGUAUGUCCGAAGAAUCUCAUUGAGGCUUGUUUGCCGGGAAGCGUCCGAGUGCGGUCCAAGACUCUGGAAAAGGAUCUCGUACUUUCAGCCCUCGCAGCCAAACGGAUGCUGAUGUAUUGACAAAGCCUUCGGCGGGAGUCGUAUACCGUCUACUGUUAUCUCGCAAAAAAGAAACAAGCAGUAAAAUAAAAGUCUUAUGGGA